AUGACGACUCCAACUCCUCGAGAAACCACAGCCGUCCGUGGGUACGGGGGAGGCGGCGGCGGCGGCGGCGGCGCCUGCUACAAGUGCGGUGAGGCUGGGCAUAUGGCUAGGGAUUGCUCCCAGGGCGGCGGUGGUGGAGGAAGGUACGGCGGCGGAGGCGGCGGUGGCGGUUGCUACAGCUGUGGCGAGGAUGGGCAUUUUGCUCGCGACUGCCCUUCAUCGAAUCGUUGA